GACGUGUUUCCGGCCGAGCGUCAGACGGGCGGAUGGAGGAAUAACAGCGAUCAAAACAUUCAUCAGUCAGUCAGUCAGUUUGUGUGUGUUUGCGUGGAGUGAUGGCCACACCGUUUGUUCCUGUGCCGGUGCCCAUAGACAGAGCUCCGCAGGCGAACAGUAAGAGAGCCGCCCUGCCGUGUCAGAGUCCCGUCACCCGCGCCAGACUCAACGGCACCGAGCGCUCGGUGGAAUAUUCCAGUUACCCGCAUCCGAACAGCCCUCCAGAGACCCCGGGCCUGAGCUGGGAGGAGCGGCCCAUCACACCAACCUUGCUGGGGUACGAGGUGAUGGAGGAACGGGCCAAAUUCACAGUUUAUAAAGUUCUGGUGAAGAAGACUCCAGACGAGAGUUGGGUCGUGUUCAGACGCUAUACAGACUUCUCAAGACUCAAUGACAAGCUGAAGGAGAUGUUUCCUGGAUUCCGGCUGUCUCUUCCUCCAAAGCGCUGGUUUAAAGACAACUAUGAGACGGAUUUCCUGGAGGACAGACAGCUCGGCCUGCAGGUGUUCCUCCAGAAUCUCGUGGCCCAUAAAGACAUCGCCAACUGUGUGGCAGUUCGGGAGUUCUUGUGCCUGGACGAUCCGCCCGGCCCGUUUGACAGUCUGGAGGAGAGUCGGGCGUUCUGUGAGACACUAGAGGAGUGUAACUACAGGCUUCAGAAGGAACUUCUCGAGAAACAGAGAGAGAUCAGCUGCUUAAAGAAAACGCUGCAGGAGAAACAGCUUCACAUUCAAGCACUUGAAAGAAGAAACAAUGGAGAUGUGGUCACUCCAGACAGUCCGUGUUGUGUGUCCGGUGUGGACAGCACGGAGAGCAGUGUGGACGUCGAGUCUUCUGCCAUUGAAGCCGAUCAGGAGCUGUCACAUGAAACUGAUUGUGCGGUUCAGUCGGGUCAGGGUUCGGUGUGUUGGUGCGGUCCGGUCGUCAGCAGUGCUUCUCCAGUUAUUCAGGUCACGCAUCUGGAACACUGACUGACAGGAAGUCAGUCUCUCCUCUCUGUGUCUGUGGACAGACUGAAGCUCCCGUCACGUGAUGAGACGUGUUUGCUCCGCUCGAGAGGAAUGACUCGUGUUUAAUCUCAGCCAAAGACACAAACGCACGACUCACUGAACUACUUGUGUUCCUCUGACAGUCCAGCGACACUGAAACCAGAGGGAACAAGGACAUCUCUGUUCUCUGGGUCACGUUUAUUUGACAUCAUUCUGGUGAAUCUGGUGAAAUUGAGGUUUAAGUGACAUGAGCUGCUGUUUAUCAGGUUCAUCUCUGAUUCUGGUUUCUUCAAGAGUUGUUUCAUGUGAUCUCAGAAGAUGCUCGUGACUUUAUUCUGUAAUACGGACUUCAGUGACGUUUAGCUUCAUAUGAACUGCUCCGAUUUGUUCUUCAGUCUUGGCCUGAAAUAUUUGGGUGAAAUUUAAUAAUUGACACAAUCAUGCAGCGCUUCUGUGGGAUGAAGUGCUGUUAGUUUUCACUUCAGUGUCCUGCAUCACUACAAGCCAUAUUUACUUGUGUGUGUUAAUGUUAAACACGGGUUAGCUGUACCAGGUCACAUGAUGCACUUUAAGGUCCAGAGGGAUUAUGGGACAGAUGUGUCUGCACUACUUGAUGAAGGUUUCCUGUAAAGCAGCGUGCCUUUCCACAAACACAAUGAUCAUUUCAGCCCAUGACACGGUGCCGUGCGGCUUUUCCCUCGGCAGCAUUUUAUGUAUUUAUUUGACUGGCAUAUUAAAUUUAGCUUUGGAUGGUUCAAAUGGUCUCUUCAGAUGAUUUGUGAACGACAAAGUUUUAUUAAUCCAAAUGAUCAUAGCGUUGUUCACCAGUAACUAUAAUGUAGACUUUAUAUUCGUCUUCUCUAUUAAACUCUGUCACAUGAUUUGAUGCAUCCUCACUGAAGUUUGUAUUUAUAAGAUGUUAGGAGUGACAGAAAUGUGUUUUAAAGGUGUCAUAUAUUUUCUUUCUCUGGUUUUCAGCUCGUAUCGCUUUCUUUUCUAAUUCUUCAGUUUUUAGUUGAAACAUGCUAAAACUGAUUAUUAUACAAACUCACAUUAUGCAAAAAUGGUUAUGUUCAGAAAAUCAUAGAUUAAUUAUACAUAUUUUCAGUGUAAGGAUUCCCAAUGUUAUGCUCAUUAGAUAUGUUUUAUUUAAUAAAAAGGCUCUUGUGUGU